AAAGAGUUUGGGAGCAGAAGAGAGGAGUGGAGAGGCAGAGAACACCGCCCUGAAGAGGAGAAUUCAUUAAAACUGCACUGAAACAUCAACCAUGGAAGACUCUAUGGUGUGAAAGGCUAAAUGGAAAGCGGAAUGAGCUAAAAUGCGUUUAGUAAUCAUGAAAGCCGGCAAGGUGAAAUUAUGCGCGUCGCUUUGCGUGUGGCUUGGAAUAGUUACCUGGAUUGGGAAUGUGAAGUUGCACCUUUUGUCCGUAUUUGUUCAACAAGACACAGAUCGAGGAGUUUUGUUCUCUGUUGCAAAUAAUCAGGUAAACAAUACGGAGAUAAACGCACCAGGUAUGCGCGGUGCAAAAAGUUUUAAUAUUCGCUCUGCGUUGAUUCUGGAUAACGUGAUUGAGCAGCGGGUGUUCUGGAGCGCGUGGCUUGAAGCUCUAGCCACUCGUGUUUUUGGCGUGGAGCACGAGAGGAAGUGGAGAGAGCGGGUUCGGGACGCUCGGGUGGUGGCACUGGAAGCGGGCUGCGGCAGACCCACAAACCGCCUCGCAAGCUUCGCCGACGGCACUAGAGCAUGCGUGCGGUAUGGCAUCGACGCGGAUCAAGUGCUGGGCGAAACGCUCUCCUAUUAUCUGGCGGAGCUGCUUGGGAUUUCCAACCUUCCGCCCUUGUCGCUUUCCAAACUGAACCUGUCCAGUGAGCAGUGGGCAAGUGUCCGGGAAAAUAUCGAGGUGUUAGAAUGGUCGCCAAAUGCCAUCGUGUCUCUCACCGAGUUCAUCCCAAAUGUCACAGGAGUGUUUAUUCCAGCUCAUUUACAAAAACAGCAGCAACUUUCUGCUGAGAGUCUCUCGAACAUGACUUUAUCAUAUCUGCUCGAACUGAUGCAGUGGGGCGAUUUAAUCCUCUUUGAUUAUUUAACGGCCAACUUUGAUCGAAUCGUCAGUCAUAUUUUCAGCCUCCAGUGGGACGCGCGCGUAAUGGAGAGGACCACUAAUAACCUUCUCAAAACAGUCAAUGGAGAUUUGCUUUUUAUUGACAACGAGGCAGGACUUGUUCACGGAUACAGGGUGCUUGACCUGUGGGAACGUUAUCACAAGAUUCUGCUGAGCUCGUCCUGUAUGUUUCGGAGAAGUACAGUCCGGCGUGUGUCUGAACUGAAGCGCUCUGGAAACAGCGCAAAGCUGCUGUAUGAACUGUACCGCGCGAGGGAGCCGCUGGCGCGCGAGCUGGGCUCUCUGUCUGAGGAGCACGCGCUCACAUUGCAGAGCAGGAUUGAUGUCGUUUACAAACAUAUUAAACUGUGCACAGAAAUCAUGUAGACAUGUCAUGUGCGAGUUCAGGUGUUUCCAUUUGUAGUUGCUAGAUGUUGAUCUAUGAAAAUACACAUCACUGUGUGUACUGUUUACUUAAUCAUGCGUGGCAUUCCAAUGUGAGUUUUUACUGCUUAGUAGAUGUAAUGAAUGAAGCGAGAGAGCAGGAUUACUAACAAAACACUGGAGUCUGUGAACUGCAACAUUCCCCCUCCUGCUUUCCCAGGCUGCUAUUUUGGCUUGUUUUCGAGAGUUGCACUUUUUUUUAGCUGGUCAGACUGGGAGAGCACAUUUUAAUUCUUUCAGAUGUUAUUUGCCCAUUGUGAGGGUCCAUUUGGUAAGAAGAUAAAGAAAAAAAUAAAGCAGUAAAACAGUAAGAAUAGAAAAGAUGUAUCUUACUGUCAAAAUAAAAUGUAAAGUAUCUGAAAAUAA